AUGAAUGACCUAUACCAUCAAACAAUCGAGGAACUUGCCAAUAAAGUUUUACGACUCCAGAUGGAAGAUAGUCCAAGCCGACGCCGCACUUAUUCUUCCUCGUCAGCACUGGCAGUGACGGAGGCACCUACUCGAGGUGCUGCUACUAUCUCUUCAUCCGACAUUCAUGUAGAGUGUGUUCUUGGGUUACCGGUAGCACACACAUCUCCUUUUCAAAAGCUUCCACAAGAGUUAUUGGUCGACGUCUUUGCGCAAGCCUGUGAAGGAGCAUGGCUCCUAAUGGAUGUGGCAAGAGUCCCAACACUCUUCUCUUUACUUAUGGUGUGUGUUCAUUGGCACAAGGUUAUUCUUUCGACCCCAUCCUUGUGGUCAACCAUUCGUGUGAAAAUGACCUCAAGGAUGAAAAGAACAGAGGACCUUAGUCGGGCGUUGUCACGGCUCACCAAGUUGGUGCGGUUAUACCUGCAUCGUUCCGGAUCCAGCCCUCUUACUAUGGUUUUGCAUCUUCAUAUUCCUUUUGUCACUGAACGUGAUGGAUUUCUAGGCGUCCUCGCUCAAAGCGCAAACCGCUGGAAAUCCGUCGCACUCUUGUCUGUAAAAUACCCUCCACUCCAACACAUACUUCCACACUCGUCUUUCCUCGAAAACCUUCAAAUAAAGGAUUACUCUGUAGGUGACAGCUCUCUUGAUUUGAGUGGGUGUGGAUCCCUCAUUUCCUUCGGAUGCUUUGGUCCACUAUCCCCUACACGAAUAAUUCUACCAUGGAAACAGUUGAAAAAAUUGGACCUCGACAUUGGCACAGAUCACCGAGAUUAUAAUCCAUUUUUGGUUCCAGUCUUGGACCUGUGUCCUCAGCUUGAUACCCUCUCUCUGUUCAUCUCUUACACAGGGUAUCCACUCGGGGAUCCCAUAGUCCACUCUCGCAUCCAGCGAUUGCAAUUGCGCUCCGUCAGAUCUGCCUCCGAUUUUUUUUCUAUCUUCCGACGUUUUUCAUUUCCCAGCCUAUCUACAUUGAUCAUCGGUGGCCAUUCGUACGCUUGGAACAUCAAUAUCGAACCUUUCAGAGACUUCCUCGUUCGUUCGUCGUGUAUCAUUACCCAUCUGGAUCUCGGGCCAAGGCCGGCGUCCGACGAGAAGGUUUUAUCCUUAUUACAGCUUCUCCCUUCAUUGGUAUCGCUGCGCAUUGAAGAGUGGCGCCCGCCACCCUACAUACACAUUAAUCAUCAGGCCCUUCUGAACGAGAUAAUCACACCUAAAUUUCUAUCGGCACUAUCCUUCACGGAUCCCCCGUUGAUUCCGCGGCUAAGGGACGUGACAUUCGCCCUUCACGGGAGGUCUUUGAAUGAAGAGGCACUGGUAACCUCCAUCACGUCGAGAAGCCCUGGGAAGGCGACUGAAUUAGGCGUUGAAUGCCUGAGGUCGCUCACAGUCGAGAUAUUGGACAAGGUGCCUCUUUCUUCGAAGAGUUCCUUUCAGCAGAUCAGAGAUGUUGGGAUUUACGUGAAUACGUUCCAAGAUGCAGAAUGA